GAGACGAAUCGUCGGUAGUUUCUGUGGAUUGUGGACCGGAUCCAGGACUCGGCAACCUGCACUGGGAGCACGACGGGACGAGCGUCGAGGGGCUGGGGCCUUCGAGGUUCUGGCGAUGGUGGAAGGCGCCUGAAUGACCGAGUGAGCAUGAACGAAGAAUGAAACAACGAGCGACGAUCGAAUACAGUUUCUUCCGGAAUUCUUCCGCAUGUAGUUUCACUGAUUCCCUUACUUCGUUGUUGCCUGAUCUGCAUCAUCAUGAUCCAGAGCAACAAGCAGCCGUACGACAUGUAUGGAGCCCUGGGUGAGAGCCUUCUGCAGCUCGAAGAUGUCGCUGACAAAAUCUUCACAUCCAUCACCGAUCGAAUUCGAUCACAGAAUCAACAGCUGAGAGGUCUGUCAUCCAGAAUCCAAGCUGCACAGGCAAGAGUAGACGCAAUAUCCGGGACAAAGCGAGCCACGUGUGUCUAUUCAAGUGCAAAGUUUCCAGAGAUAGAUCCUUCGUCGACGGAUUAUAUACCAUUAUCUCAGAAAAGGCGAGACGAAUACCGCAUACCCUCAACUGUUACAAUAUCAUUGAACACAGGACAAUGGCAGAAUGGAGAAGAGGGUACUUUGGAGCUUUUCCAGUUCUUCUCAGAGACCAGUCACGAGCACUGGUUGAAGGAUCACAAACGGAAGGAGGGCAUCGGCAAAGUUCCAUCGCGUGUCAAGUCAGUUGCAGAUGUUAUUCUCUUCAACUCCACAGAACUUCCUUAUCACAAAUACAGGAUUGUGGAUACUCUUGCUGGAGCUGACCAACCAGUCGAUGAAGAGGAGGUGGUGGAAGUCAAACAUGUUGAUUUGCCCGCUCCUCCUCAAAGUGUCCUCGGGGGUGAUGAGACGCCGAGACAAGGAGCUGAAGAGUAUGGUUUCAAACCCGUUCUCCGACAGGUGCCCACGUUCAGUUUACCAUCUGUGCUGCCUGAUCUUCCGAUGAUAGCAGAUCUAAGCUGGAGUGGUGCAACAGGUGAUUAUGACCAACUUCCUUCGAUCGCACCAUCUGCUGUGUACUCUGCCCCAUAUUCUCCUAGCGCUCGCAGUAGUUCUUCAAGAUUUGACUCGGGUUCGGUAUCAACUAGAUUUGAUCCUACUUAUGCGGCCUGGAGACCUGACUCUGCUUCCGGAGAUGGUUUAAUGCAAGAUGCUUCGUCUAGAGGACUUCCACGCAUUCGUGUGAGCGAGUCACCACCUCCAGAGAGGCGUUCAAGAAAGAAGACCAGUGAUAGUCAACCAUCCUCUGCGCGUUCGCGAGACGGCACAAAAGCAGCUUCUGAAAGAGGCCAAACUUUCAUGGCACCUACACCUAUACCUCCACCCCCGCCACCUCCACCGCCAUUGCCACAGUUUAUGCGAAAUCUACCUGCCCUUCCUGCUGGUGGUUCGCAUUUGAUAAGUAAUGCUAAAGAUAGUGAAAAAUCAAAUCUUUUUGUAAGAGCGGAAAGUAGUCGAGCAAUUCCAGGGAAUCAAGUUGCGAGUAAUCCUUAUUCGGCUCCUGCACUUCCAGUACCGGAUAGCCGACGAGCAGCGCUUCUGGCAUCGAUACGUGAUUCUGGGCUGAAUAUACUUCGCAAGACUCCUCGCACUGAUGGCUCUCUGCCAUCUCUAGACACCCCUGGAAGAGAACUCAGUGGAGGUAUUGAUGACAGGGAACCAUCCAACAAGUCGACGUCGUCCGGCCCAAAGCAGCCCCUUAAUGUCUUAGCUGAAAUGGCGAAGAGCUUAACACUGCGCAGACUCUCGAUGCGUGGUGCUUCUCACGAUCAGAUGUCCAUGAGAAGUGAACAUCGACCAGCUGCAGUGGAUGAGGAUCAUGCCAGCGGUUCAGGAGACAACAGCGUCAAGAUCAAAACGCCUAGUGUCAAUGCCUAUAUGGCGUCGCAAAGGCAAGAGGAGCUCAGUGAUGACGAGGAGGACGAUGAUUGGGAAGAAUGAAGGCUCCACCCAUCGUCUGGUUUUUGUUAUGUUUCUGCCCGGUUCUACAUUGUACAAAUGCAUUUGCUUCAUUUGUAUAUUAUUCUGUCCCGUAAUCAGAGAAUUCUUUGACUAGAGUUCGGUACUUCUUGCUGGUAACCGUGGUCGUGCGUCACUUCAGUGGACCACAUGCGUGCAGUCGUAAGACUUCAACGCAUGGCUCAUCGAUGUAAAAAAAAAGAAGGGAGUGCGUUCACCACCCGUCGUUGCUAAGGAAGCUCGGGUCAUAGCGUUUACUUCAGAAUUCGUUGAAAUUGACAGUCGAGCAUAGACUCAGAUAGAUCUGAAGUGGCUAGUCGCAAGGCAUCA